GCGGGCUUUUACUUUUUCUGGCGGUACUACCAAAUAAACAUCCCUUGGUACUUAGAAUUCGGUGUUGUCUUGAAAGGGAUUGUCCGGUGUAUCAAGAUGCUAGCCCCCGGGACGGCGCGGACGUUGGCGACUUUCUCCUCUGCGGGCUUGGACUUCGCUUUGAACGAAGCUGAGGACUUCUAGUACACCUAUGCAGCUUCCGAGUUGUGACCCGGAUGACCCUGAGGUCAGCACUUACGCAAGGAGGAAAAAUGUAUUAGCCUGCCGCCGCGGUCGAUAGUAUUGCUACCUAGUCAUCCUCAUAGAGGCGACGGCGGCGCGCACUGGCGGAGAUAACAAGUACUAGCUCCGGCGCCGUUUUUGAUCUUUCCCGCUGGUGGAGCCCGGGUCGCUCCCAGUUUUGCGACUACAGAUUACACGUAGUAUUACUCCGAAGCAGCAAAAAGUUCUCUCCAUCCUCACACAAGUUUUUGAAGAUGCGCGGUGGGGGUCCUCGUGCCGUCCGCAAUGACGUGCGGAAUAUCAUUCUGUUUUUCAUCACCUUCUACCCGCAACCCGAUUUGUUUUCCUCUACUUCCUUCGCCGCCGCGGGCUCUGCUGCGCUCUCCCUGCUGAAGUCCAUCACGAAGCCGGAAGACGACUUAUACAUUGCAAAUGUGUCUCCUGGGUCUGGAAGGCUGCGAACUUGUGAUGCGCGUUUCACAACACAGACAAAUCUCUCAUGCAUAGGCAGCAAAAGGUGCCCACUUCCUGUCACCAAAGUGGGGGAUUUGUCAUGCGGAUUCAGCAAUGCGGAAGCUUCUCGAAAUCUGUGAUGCUAGGGCUUCCGUGACAGACAUUUUGUGUCAUGCAAAAACAGCAUGACAAAAACCUGGCAAUCUUCCAGACCCAGACAUAUUUGCAUUUGAUACGACUGCGAGUGCCGCAGAAAGGACCCGCUCACCAACCGAGACGUGUGCUUCCAGCCGGUCUGCCCCAAAGGGUACUUCCGCUGCUGCCACGAGUGUAUGCACUGCAAAAGUAUCGUACUAGUAUGAAUUGCAUUACAAUUUCACUUAGCAUUACAAAUGAAAUUUGUAAUGCUGUUUUACCUUGGGAAAGAGAUUUGUCAUGCAUGAUAGCAAUUACUACGAGCGCGAUACUUUUGCAGUGCAUAAAGUGCGAAUGGGCGAGCUGCUUCACAAGGUCUUUUUCGACGCGGGAAAAUAACCGGACACUCCAGCUCUCCCUGCGCGGCGAAUUCGAGUGCCUGCCCUGUGAGUAUCGACGGAAAUAAUGAAUUAAAGCCGUCCGCGAGAGGAAUUUUUCAUGCAAUAGACAAGCAUGCCAUUGGCAUAAUUAUGCUUAGCCAGCAACACUUGCCUGUUUCAUCUGCAUGAUUUGUUCACAUCAAAAAAGAAAGUUGGAAUUGUUGCCAGAAGCUCUCCUUCCUUCCGCGAUGGCCGUCACCCUCGCCUUCUAUAUCUCGCGUGGCGACUACUGUGCCGGUUGCGACGACUUUCACGAGUGCCCGAAGACGCAGCGCCUGAGCUAUGCGGAGCGCAAGGUGGUGGACACCCCAAAAAUCAGUUUGCCGCGCGCAUCUCACGAACGCGAGUGUUUGACGUGUCCCAGGUACGAGAUGAGGAGAAAAAAACUGUGUUAAUACUACGUGUAAUUAUACCUUCUUCUUCUUGUUAAAUGCGUCACAAGAAACUUGUUUUGCAUCACUGGGAAUGUUCUUGCUACCACUCAUGCGUAGCUAGCUCACGAACACGAAAAGAACGCGUAGGAAAGAACUAGCCCAUGAACAUAAUGCAUAGCCAGCAUGACAGGUCUAAUUGUUUUGCUCUUGUUAUGCAUAGACUGCAACAAAAAGUUGCACUGAUACGUUUUUUUCUCGGAUAUCACCGAGGGCGAGGCCGACUAUACGAACGACCGCUGCUUAUGAACUGCAAAAAUGUCUGGGUCUGGAAGGAUGCAAGGUUUGUCAUGCAUUUUUUGCAUGAUGCCUGAUGCCUGUAAUGCAUGAUCUAGCAACACAGAUUUUUAGAGAGCUUUCUAAUGCCUAGUCCGCAUGAGAAAUGCCCUCUCCGCGUAGCACAAACUGGAGUCCUUGUGCUGGUCAUGCAAUACAGAUUUUUUUUGAAUCCAAAGACAGCAUUACAAGUUGCAAUCUUCCAGACCCAGACACUUUUGCAAUCCAUACUGCUUGCCUUCACCGUAUUUCUUUUGCACAUGGUUUCUCACGAUUUUUAUGUUGGAUGUUGUCAUGCGGUUUCUUUGCUGCAGGUGCAGCUGCAUGAUGCUACGGACCUUGAAAUUUGUGAUGCAGAAUCUUCAUUGGAAAAUUGAAAAAAAAUUCCUUUUCAGGUGGCGCCACGCCUGUGACGAGAAGGAGCUCGAGCACUGUCUUAUCGCUAUGGGGAGAAAAAACUGUUUUACUGUGAACUCGUGAUGCAAAUAAAUCUGCAACCAACACACAAGUUGUGCCUGUCUUGCUGGAAAUGCAACUACAUCAAAGGGUCUGUUUACCCGACGUGUCUUACUCUUCAGGAUUUUCGCAUGGCACAUUUUCUUUGGCAUGUGUACUGUACUUCUUGUGAUUUGCGGAUUGUAGUGCAAAAUCUUUACAGUGAAGCAGUUUUUUGUUACGAUAAUCGCAUGGAAAACAGUAGGACAAAGGCACAGCACUAUGCUAAUUGUGGUUCUUCUGUGGUGUGGGUGUGCGUGCCGCUAGCGGCACUAGCAAGGGCAGUUUAUGCAGCUGCCAUUUUUGAUGUGAAACUGAAAGUGCAAUCCACAUCCAGGCAAAACUAAUCAAUGCUGUGCUUCGUACCUUAUCCUUCUUUCCACCUGAUAACCCUGCUCGACUGCAAGCGCGGCGCGGACGCAUGCGAUCAACUGAAAUGCCGUAUGGCGUGUGCCAAGGAGCAGAGCGAGGCCUGUGUCGCUGCGUUCAAGGAGAUGUGCGAAGAAAUGGUCAAGCGGCCACUGGACUUCUUUGGGGUAUUAUGAUAUUUCUGAUUGGCUUCUUUGACACCAUGCAGUUGCAGGCUUUGCAGGAUCAUGAGUUCGACGAUUUGUCGUCGUGUGAGAGCCAAAAUUAUAGCACUAUUUGCAUAGUCGUAUAUUGGAAAAAGGAAAGAAAAAAAAAACAUCACAGGUACCCAUUCACCCAACGGACUACACGAACGAACGAACCCACGGAAACUUUUUUGCAGACGCGUACGAAAGGGGAAAGCAUGGAGAUAGCAUGUGGUUCUUGGGAUGCAUGUCUGUUGAGGAGAAGAUGAGAGCUCGACAGUAUUGCAUAAUGUGACGUCGUGCCAACGUCCGUUGUUCAAUUUUGAUGCACCAUAUUAAACCAGUGUCGUGAGCGUGAUCCUUAUCCGCUUGAGGACUACAACCCUGCUCCUACUUUCCCUUUCAUACCUCCGCCAUGGCUACCAUCGAACCCGUCAGGCUGCACAAGGUGUGCGACGCCAACUGCAGUGCCGCGUGGAGUUUCAAGCGUGGGGGAGGCGGGUCGGGUUUGUCGUUCAUGAUGAGGGGCUACUUGGGGAUAUUUAUGGCUGUUCUGGUUUUUUUGAACAUGACGUACUAGGGAAAAUAUUGGCGAGAUACUGUUUACUUUUUUUUUAAAUCGUCCUUGAGGUAGUUCAGGCUCAGCCGUUUGUAUUCAUUGAGCACAAGAAUGAACUUCUGCUACUUAAAAGAUCCACUUAAAAACUAAAUCAGAAAUCAACCAAAAGAACAGAUAAUUCCAAGAAACCUUGAGCGCACGACGCCAUCCGUUUACAUCAUCGUUUUUGGGAGAAAGUUUUUUUGCAAUCUCACACAAUGUUAUACGUUACGCGUUUUGAUAACAACGGGUUUCAGUUUUUAUUCGAUGUACAGCAGACAGGAUUUUUUUCAAAGUAAAGCCAUGAUUCAUUUUCGUGGUCAGAGCAUUUUUUUGAAACAAACCAGUACCAAGUACCAUCUCAUACCACUCAUAGAUACACGAGUCAGAUUUUGCAACUGCGAAAUUGCGAGGGGUGUAUAGAGCCACGCACGAAAACAUAAUUUUCGGAACUGGAGGGAAUUAAGAUUAAUGCGCGUCCUGGUGAAAGUGCAUAAGCUUAAGCAUAUGUGAAUGAGGUGCCAGAGGCUUAAG